GCGCGUUGCGAGACUAAACCCUUAUCUCCUCUCGUCUCUCUCUCUUCCGUCUCGUCAUCAUCCCCUAUCCAUCUCCUAGGGUUUUUACCCCCAUGGCGAUGGCAUCGCGCGCCGUCCUCCUCUCCCGUCUAUCGCCGCUCCCCGCUGCGACCUCUCGCUUCCUCCUCCGCCCUCUCGCCGCCGCCGCCAGCCUCCUCCCGGCGGCGACCUCGCCCGUCCAGGCGGCGGCGCGCGGGGCGGUGCGGUGCUUCGCCACACAGCCGGCGACGUCGUCGCUGCGGGACUCCUCGCCCAACUGGAGCAACCGGCCGCCCAAGGAGACUAUCCUCCUCGAUGGGUGCGACUUCGAACACUGGCUGGUAGUCAUGGAGCCGCCCGCGGGCGACGCUGCUAAUCCUGAUAUCACACGCGACGAGAUCAUCGAUAGCUACAUCAAGACCCUCGCCCAGGUCGUCGGAAGGUAUUGCUGUAACCAUUUCUCGCAUCUUCAUCUUGUUGUGUUAGACGGUUGAUGGAGCUUUAUUGAU